GCAGCACUGGUCUUCUCUCCCACUUUAAUCCAGGUUUUCACGGAACAUAAGUAUUUUUUUUUGUGUCUUUUUCUCCCCCUCUCGCUGGGUGCAGUAUGAGCACUAAAUGCAGCAGCUACAUCAGCGCUGACGGUGCGUUCGUGGACGGGUUCUCCUGCCCAAAGCCGGGGAAUGCCGCUGCUGCUGUCUACUGCUGUGGCUUUAAUGAUGUGAAGUACUGCUGUGAUGACCCCAACAGCUUCUACCCAUAUGAGUAUGGAUACAUGUGGUGGCUGAGCAUCGGUGCUCUGGUUGGUCUCUCUAUUGCAGCUGUGGUCCUUCUUGCUUUCCUUAUUACCGUAUGUGUCCUCUGCUACCUCUUCAUUGCCACCAAACCCAGUCGUCUUGACAACGGCUUACCCUUAAGAGCUCCAGCAGUGGAGCCCAGUGAAGGAUCCAGUCAUGGAACAACAUCCACUGGUCCACAGGGAUUCAGAAAACACUUCAAAGGCAGGAAACUGGAUUGUGACAACCAGCCGCCAGAUCCUGAGCGUCUUUUCCAAAGAUGUUUCACUGCGAAUGUGACUGGUGUAAAAGUGGAAAGUCCCUCAUAAAUCCUUAAAGAAAAGCCUUAUAACGAAGUGGAACCGGCGAUUGUCAAGAGAGCUGGAUGCAGUGCGAGUGGACAGAGGCACAAUAAAAGCAGCGUUCUCACAAUGUGCUGAAGUGGCAUUAGACUGGAUUGAAUAUAAUGAAAUACUAGAAGAAGAGAAAAAAGAAAGAACUAUAAGAGACAAGAGGAUUUGUCAAAAGACCCAAAGGAGUUUUUCAUGCAUUAAAUUUGUCAUCAUUGCUGCAUUAGCGCUGCAGCACCAUGCAUCAGUAAUUGAGAAUUUACCCCUUCGUCUUGGAGCAGAAGCAUACGCUAAUGCAUAUGAUUUCUUUAACGAAAGCCGAUAUACAUUUUUUGUCGUAAAUCAUUUAAGAUUUGUUGUUUGCAUUCAGGAUCAAGUGCAUCUACUCGCUUUGGGACAACAAGGCUGUACAGCUAUAUUUUACUCAGGGACUGAUAUGCCUGUGGGGAGGGUCUACAUUAUGAUGAAACUGACAUCAGCAAAAUUAGCAACAGCAUCAUCUUAAAACAACUUGUUUACUUUUUAUUGACAAGUGACUUCGAAUAUGGGCUGGGGGCUGGGCCUGAUGGAUGGGAGAGUCUUUUUUUUUUUUUCUAAUGAACCAAAAGUCAACACUAGUGUCUUUGCUUAAACCACGGACAUGCAGGGUCUACCCCCCCCCCC